AUGUUCUAUUAUUCAUAGUCACUAAUUUUAUCUGAGCUUGCUUCAAAUGAAAAUGGUUAGGAAUAAGAUCACUUAGAUUCCGAAGGUUAAGAUGAUUUUGAAAAUACUAGCAUUAUAUUUGAAUUAUCUCAAAGCUAUAUUCAAAACGAUAACAAUAACAAUAAUUAACAUGAUCAAAAUAAUAUUGCAAAUAAUUAACAAAUUUAAGACUAUUUUCCUUAAGCAGGAAAUGGAAAUUAAGAAAAUAACUUAAACGCCAACAAUCAAAACUAGUUAGAUAAUUUUUAAGAUGUUUUAAACUAGCAAAAUCAUCAUAUAAACUAAUAAAAUAUUGCAAAUUUAAAUAAUUUAGGAUUAUUUUAUUUAGUAGUAAAUAGAUGGCUGUCUAAUUUGGCAGAUCCUGUUUUGCUUACCCUUUUCUUUCUUUCUGGAUUUGUAAAUUCUCAAUCAAUAAGUGGAGAUUGGUCAGAUUUUCUAAAAUAUUGUAAUUUUGUUGUUGGAGCUUUCUGUGUGAUUACUAAUUUGGUAAAUGUUUUAAGAUUGAUAAAAGGAAAAAGAGAAUAGAUUCUCUUACCUCUUCCUUAAAAUCCACCUUAGGAAGAAGUUAGGAAUGCAUAUUCGCAAGAGAAACUGCAAUAAAACUUAAACAACAUUUACUUCUUUUGUUUAAUUGCUAUAUCAUCCAUUUAAAUUAUAUCGAUGAUAUAAAAUAACAAAUACGAAGAUAAUAUUUACUAGAGAUAUUUGCUUCUUGUUUUUAUUUAUUUAAGAGUGGUAAUGUUUUUGAUAUUUUACUUAAACAAGCACCCAAAAACAAUUAAAAAACUUCUGAUGUAUUGUGUAACCUCUUGGCCUGUCUACAGAAAAGAGUUUGAUGAAUAUUUACAUUAUAAUUUUGAUUUUGCAAUUCAAAUACAGACAACUUUUGCUAAAGACCCUGUUCAGAAUUACUUGAAGUUUAUGAUUUAUAUUUAUGAAUUUAUUCUUGUACUUCAGAUUAUUGCAUUUGGCAGCUCUUGGCAAAAUCAUUAGUUAAUAUUCAUCAAUAAAGAAUUCCUCAAUAAUAGAACAACAAUAAUCUAAACAUAGAAAUUCCAUAAGUAAACCAAUAGGUGA